UUCAAAAUUUCCACUGUGUGCAGAAGUAAUUAUUUUUAAAAUGAAUGAUAAUCCAGCAGAAACAUCCAGACCGAGACGACAAAAAGUUGGGCAAACAAGUCGUUUUGAAGCAUUAGCAAAAUUGAAAAAGCUCAAAACUGACGGGACUAAGCACAAAUAUGAAGUAGAACCUAUGAAAAAUGUCUAUGAAGAAAUUUCAGAACAAGAAUACACAGAUAGGGUGGUUAAACGACAACAGGAUAAUUGGAUUGUUGAUGAUUUUGAUGUUGAUGGAUAUGUUGAAGAUGGAAGAGAAAUUUUUGACGAUGAUUUGGACGAAGAAUCUAUUGUUAAAGAGGGGAAAAAAGGAAGAGGUAAAAAAAGAAGUAGAGCUGAUAAAAGCUUUGAAGAAGAUCUUCCCUCUUCAAAUAGGGAUAUUCAGAAAAUGUUUGCUAAUAUGCCUGUAAAAAAAAAAAAAGAGGUGCCAGUUAAUUUAAACGAAGAUGAUAUUCUUGGUGAUUUAAUUCAAGAAUUGGAUAAACCAGUAAUUACAAAAGCUACAAGAUUGGUUCAUAAUAAAGUCACAGAAAAAAUAAAAAGAGAAAAUCAAACUAGAGGAUAUUUAGAAUCAUUUUCUACUGUUCUAAAAUCUCCUCGGACACUUGUUAAUAACAUUAUUAUAAAAACAGAAAAGGCCGAUGAAAAUAUAGAAAGCCCAAGUUCCAAAUUAAAUGAACACAAUGAUGUAACUAAAAAUAAUUGUCAAACUAAAGAACUUAGUGCAGAAUCAAUAAGCAAACCUGCACCAGUAACAGAAAAUCCUAUAAAACAAGAAUUAUUUGAUGAAAGUAUGGAUGACUGUAUUGAAGAUUUUGAUUUUGAAGAAGCGAUCCAAGCAGAAAAAAGUUUUAUGGAACUUACAGAAUUAAAUAUGAAAAAAGAAUUGACAAAAACUGAAAUUAAAAUUGAGUUUGAAGAAACUAAAUGGCCCAUUGAAAAUGUUCAAGAGGAAGAACAAGUUGCUUUACCACAUGAUAUUUCUUCUAAAUUGCCACUGACAACAGAUAAGAAUGGAACUCAAGUUUUUCGUUUUUUUUACUUGGAUGCAUUUGAAGAUGUGUUCAAACAGCCUGGAGUUGUAUUUCUUUUUGGUAAAGUAAAACCUGUUAAUUUUGAUACUUAUGUAAGCUGUUGUGUAGUAGUUAAAAACAUUGAAAGAAGAAUGUUUUUACUUCCAAGAAAUACAACAUCUGACAAUGAAGAAGUAAAAAUGGUUGAUGUUUAUAACGAAUUUAAUAAUCUCACUGACAAGUACCAAAUUCAAAAUUUUAAAUCUCGCAAAAUUACUAAAAAAUAUGCAUUUGAUUUAGCUGAUGUUGCAGAUGAGAGUGAAUAUUUGGAGAUAAGAUAUUCUGCUUCACAUCCACCUUUGCCUGAAGAUUUAAGUGGCAAAACAUUUAGCCGAAUAUUUGGUACUAAUACUUCAUUCUUAGAGCUUCUACUUUUAGAUCAAAAGAUAAAGGGACCCUGUUGGUUAGACAUAAAAGUUCCUCAACUUUCAAAUAAUCCUAUGAGUUGGUGCAAAAUAGAGGUAUUAUGCUUAGAUAUGAAAAAUAUUCAAUUAGCACCUAGUGCUUCGCCGCCACCAGUAGUCAUAAUGACUUUAAAUCCAAGAAUUACUUAUAAUAAAAAAACAAAACAAAAUGAAAUAAUAAUUAUAAGUUGUUUGGUGCAUACACAUUUCCCAUUAGAUCAAGCUCCACCAACUCCUCUUCAUAAUCAAUUUUUUUGUGCUAUAUCACGCCCAAGUAAUAUACCAUGGCCAGUCAGAUAUCAAGAAGAAUUAAAGAAAUGUGGAGAUCCUUCUAAAAUUAUUAAAAUGGAUUCAGAACGAGCAUUGCUAACUUUUUUUCUUGCCAAGUUAUCCAAAAUUGAUCCAGAUAUGAUAAUUGGACAUGAUAUAUGUAGUCACAUACUGUCAACACUUGUAAAUCGCUUAGAAGCUAACAAAAUACAAAACUGGUCAAAAAUUGGUCGUCUUCGCAGAGCUUUAUUCCCCAAAAAAGGGAAAUUUAUGACUGAAAAAAGUGUGCUCAGUGGCAGAUUGAUUUGUGAUACUCAAAUUUCUGCAAAAGAAUUAAUUAAAGCAAGGAGUUAUGAUUUGUACUCGUUAUCCGAACAGAUUCUCAAUGUCAAAGAAAAUGAACAAUUUAAUUUAUCUGAUGAUGAAGUUAGUUAUAUGUAUUGUUCAGCUGUAUCUUUAAUGCAGCUAAUCAAAUUUACAAUUAUGGAUACUUCUUGCAUAAUGCGCAUUAUGUGUCAAAUGAAUGUAUUACCUUUAGCAUUACAAAUAACUAAGGUCGCAGGAAAUUUACUAUCCAGAACCUUAAUUGGUGGCCGUGCUGAAAGGAAUGAAUAUCUAUUAUUACAUGCCUUUAAUGAAAAAGGAUAUAUACUUCCCGAUAAACAGUAUAAAAAAAGAUCAAUGAACAAAAAUGAAGAUAAUGUAGAUGAAGAUAAUAAUAAAAAAAAUGGCCGUAAAAAAGCUCAAUAUUUAGGAGGUCUUGUACUUGAUCCAAAAGUUGGUUUUUAUGACAAAAUGAUAUUAUUAAUGGAUUUCAACUCACUUUAUCCAAGUAUAAUUCAAGAAUACAAUAUUUGUUUCACUACAGUUAGCUUUCGAACAUUGCUAGCUCAAGAGGGUGAUGAUGAAAUAGCUGAAUUACUAAAGUUAACUCCAAAUCAAUCUGUUGCCCGUGGAAUUUUACCCGCCGAAAUUAAGUCAUUGGUAGAUUCACGAAGAGAAGUAAAGAAAUUAAUGAAUGAUCCAAAAAUAUCUGCUACACUUAAAGAGCAGUAUAAUUUGAGGCAAACUGCACUAAAACUUACUGCUAAUAGUAUGUAUGGAUGUUUGGGAUUUACACAUUCCCGUUUUUAUGCUAAGCCAUUGGCUGCAUUAAUUACCGCUAAAGGUAGAGAAAUAUUAAUUAGUACUAAAGCAUUAGUUGAGAAACUAUCAUUUGACGUUAUUUAUGGAGAUACAGAUUCAUUAAUGAUAAACUCAAACUGUGUUGAUUAUGAUCAAGUUAUGAAAAUUGGUUAUAAAAUUAAAGCUGAAGUCAAUAAAAUGUAUAAACAAGUAGAAUUAGAUAUUGAUGGCAUUUUUAAAUACAUGUUAUUAUUAAAAAAAAAAAAAUAUGCUGCUAUAUCUAUAUCAAAACUACCUUCAGGUGAAUUUAUAACUAAGGAAGAGAUCAAAGGGUUGGAUAUUGUAAGAAGAGAUUGGUCACAAUUAUCACAAGAAGCUGGACGAUUUGUCUUGAGACAAAUAUUAUGUGAUCAGUCUCCUGAAGAAAGAGUGUCGAAUAUUUGUGCGCAGUUAGAAAAACUUAGAGCAGAUUGUGAGGGAAAUAAUGUUCCUCUUGGACUUUUGGCUAUUAGUAAAACAUUAACUAAAGCUCCUCAAGAUUAUUCAGAUGCUAAAGCAUUACCACAUGUAGCCAUUGCUCAACGUCUUAAUAAACAAAGUAUUAAAUUUAGACAAGGCGAUACUGUAUCAUAUGUUGUUUGUGAAGAUGGAACAAAUCUUGCAUCCACUCAAAGAGUUUAUCAUGUAGACGAACUAAAAAAUAAUACUAAUUUAAAAAUCGAUUUUAAAUAUUAUUUGUCACAACAAAUACAUCCAGUAAUAAUGAGACUAUGUGCACCAUUAGAAGACAUUGAUGCUAAAAUGAUUGCUGAAUAUUUAGGCCUUGAUCCUGCAUUGUACCAAAAUCAAAGGACAAAGACCAUUUAUGAGAAUUCACAUGAAGAAAAUGCAAUUGAUUUGGAUGACGCAACAAGAUUUAGUGGUUGUGACACAUUUAAAUUCAAAUGUCUUGGCUGUAAAACUGAUCUAGAAUUAUUGACACCAGUAAUUAAAAAGCCUAAUGGUAAAUUAGAAUUUUCCUUGGAAAAGUGUUCUAAUUUAGAAUGUUUUAUUUCACCAUAUAAAUAUAUUGGGAUGUUGGAAAAUAUUUUAUGGGCAAAUAUAAGGAAGCAUACAAUGAAGUUUUAUAAGAGUUAUUAUGUCUGUGAUGAAAGUACUUGUGAUUAUAAAAGUAAAUAUUUGCCGCAUACAAGUGAUGAAAUGUGUGUACAAUGUGAAUCUGGAACAUUAAAAAAGGAAUAUUCAGCUGGUCAGCUAUUGUUUCAACUAAGAUAUUAUCUGUUUUUAUUUGACAUUGACAAAGUAUUGUACAGAAACAAGGAAUUAAAAUUAGCUAAUGAGGAUCCAUUAUAUUUAGCUUAUGGUAGAUUAAAAACUAAAAUGCAAAAAGUGCUUAAACAUCAUGAUUUCUACUAUGUUAAUUUAAAAGAAAUAUUUGGCCAAUAUUAGUUAAUAUUAAAUUUUGUAUAAUACACUUACCUAUUAUAUUAUUAAUUAGUAUAGUUACUAUAUCUAUUAUAAUUUUACUUUUAGCAUAA